AUGUUGGAGGCGAAGUUGAAGCCCAACAGCAUGAGCUACAACGCUGGGAUCAGCGCGUGCGCGGAUGUCGGGCAGUGGCAGUGGGCUUUGGCGCUGCUUAGCCAGAAGUGGGAGGCCAAAUUGGAUCCCGAUUCGGCUACAGCGCUGGGAUCAGCGCGUGCGAGAAUGGCCAGCAGUGGCAGCGGGCUCUGUCGCUUCUCAGUGAUUUGUCGGAGGUCGAAUUGGAGCCCGACGCCAUCACUACAACGCUGGAAUCAGCGCGUGCGGGAAUUGCGAGCAGUGGCAGCGGGCUUUGGCACUGCUCAGCGAGAU